AUGGCUGAUGACAAGCUCAAGUCCUGGCUGCAGAAGCUUGAUGAGGCGUGUCCCGACGACGAGAAAGAAGAGAGGCAGAUUAAGGUCCCCAAACCCGAUGAUUAUGAAUCAUGGCCGGCCUACAUCCUCGACACAAUUAGAAUAAGUAAACUCAGACCCCGAAUCUUGGACCCCUCAGAUUUCGAACACUAUACAGACUGGUUAGGUUGCGAGUUGCGAGCACAAAAGGAUGAAAACUUGUUUCUUCGUAAAAAUCUCUCCAGCGUAAAGUUCUUGGGACGACAAGUUUGGAUGGAAAGACCAUGGAGAAGGCAUAGGAAAGCAAAGAGGAAGAAGACUGUUCAAAUUUCUGCUUUCGAGCAAAGACAGACGGCGCGUCGACUAAAAACACUGAAAGAACUUGAUUCUGGAACGUAUAAACCGCGAGGCAUUUGCCCUCCACAACGGUUUAAGUGGCGCCUAAGACAACACGCUGAAUAUAUCAGAAAGGCGGACAAAUAUUUACGAAAGAUGCUUCUUGGCGAAGACGAGCCUAAAGAACCUACAAUAAUCACCGAGUUGUUAGCCGCAGCUGGCAUCCACGAAGAAUUUAUUCAAAACGAUCAGUUCCCCACUCGCAUGUUGCGUGUUGACCGUAAAACUCUGGAACCGAUGUCUAGCAAGAACAAUGUAAGCCAGGAAGAGGCUACUUCAUUCCCAAUUAGGGAAACCAAAGGGGUGAAACGAAGUCGAUAUCUUGUAGAUGAAGGCAGUCCUAUCACAAACGAUAGGAAGAAAUUAGCAUGUCCAUCACUUAGGACGAGAGAAACUACGCCGAGGCCGAAGCUUAGAAACAUGCGAAUGGUUAGCAUCAGUUUCCAUGAAGAUGAAGUUCCAAACACGCUUGCACUAUCGGCAGACGCAGCCGAUGUCGACAAUACUUCAAAGAUAACAGAAAGACCAAGCAAAGACAUAGUUACGGAACAAGAAAAACCGAUAACAUCCAAAGAGACGACUGUGAGCGUACCGCAGUCACCAGUUACACUUCCACCAACUAGUUCACUUCCACCAGCUAGUUCACUUCCACCAACUAGUUCACUUCCACCUGUGGCAGAAAUUUCUAAAACGCCGGACCAAAAUCCUGCAAUACUUAAAAAGCCAAACAUGAUGGAAGAACCGAAAACACCCAAAGAGCCUGUAAAUGUACUAACAAAGACGCCAAUUACGAAUACGGCUGAGUUAGCUGCAAAGGCUGACCAAAAUACAGUAACUGACAAAACAAUAUCUGAAGAACCGGCUGCAACAGCGGUUGAAAACACAGCUACAAAAACUCCGGAAAAACCAGCUACAAUAAUAGCCGACGAACCGGAAGUAGCAACAAUAACUGAUACACCAACAACUGAAGAACCGACAAUACCCAGAGAAACAACGCCUAUAAGUGUACCACUGUCCCCAACUGAUAUGAUGUUACAAAGCCCUGAAGUUGACACUUCGAACACCCCAGUCUAUUUCGAUAUUCAGCAAAAGUCUCCGAUGCAAGCAUCUCCUCCAUCAGGAUUAUUCUCAUCCGUCUCACAAUUCGGUGGUGCGCCGGGAGGUGGUAGCUUUUUCAAAAAUACUGCAGCGCCCUCCUCUUUCCAAUUUAGCGCCAGUAGUCUACCUGCAUUUAAUUUCGAUUUUACGAACAGCGAAUCCUCAUCAGACAAUACCGAAUCCAAGUACCCAAAAAACAGCAAUCGUGUUAUUGCUUCUCCUUCACCUUUUAAUGGAUUUUCACAAUCUUCUAUGCCUCCUCAGGCGUUCGUGCCGCCUGCAUCGACUUUUGACUUUAAACCGACAUCAUCUUCUUUUGACUUCAGUAUGCCUUCGUUUGGCUUCCCACCAACCGAUUUCAUGAAUCUGCCGAGUGCAAGCGGAAACAUCUUCCAAUUUUCCUCAUUAACUAGCUCUACUAAUAGCCAAAUAACUAACAGACGUCGCAUUGCUUCACGUAGGCGUGGGCGUCGUUGA